AUGAUUGGUAUAUGGGGUUCCUCCGGGAUUGGUAAGACUACAAUCGCAAGAGUUCUGUUCAAUCGACUUUCUCGACACUUCCAAGGUAGUAUUUACAUCGACAUGCGCUUCAUAGCUAAGAGUAAGAAAACUUAUAGCAAAAGCAACCCGAAUGACCAGAACAUGAAGUUGCACUUGCAAGAAAAUUUCCUCUGUAAACUAUUAGCUAAGCAGAACAUAAAAGUAGAUCACUUGGGUGCGGUGAGAGGGAAGCUAAAGAACAUGAAAGUUCUUAUCUUUAUCGAUGAUUUGGAUGACGGAGUGGUGUUAGAUGCCUUGGUUGGUGGGGAUGAAUGGUUUGGCCUUGGAAGCAGAAUCAUUCUGGUUGCAAAAGAUAAGCAGAUUCUAAGGGGGCAAAAUUCUCCACCUGAUGGUUUCAUGGAGCUGGCUUCUGAGGUUGCAGCACGUGCAGGUCGUCUUCCUAUAGGUCUAAACCUAUUAGGAUCGAGUAUGCGUGGGAGAAACAAGAAGUAUUGGGUAGACUUGUUGCCAACUCUUCGGAAAGGUCUAGACGGAAAAAUUCAGAAAGCACUACAAGUUAGCUACGAUGGAUUAGAAAGAAAAGAACAUAAAGCACUAUUUCGUCACAUUGCAUGUUUGUUUAACGGUGAUGAAGUCAAUAACAUCAAGUUGAUGCUCGCAGAUAGUGGUUUGAAUGUUGAUAUAGGCUUUGAAAUUCUAGUUGACAAGUCCCUCAUACAUGUAAUACCAUCGCUAGAUCAUACAAAUUUUGUCGAGAUGCAUUCUCUAGUAGAAGAAAUGGGAAAAGAAGUUGUUCGUGCACAGUCCGACGAGCCAGGGGAACGGGAGUUCCUAAUAGAUCCGAAGGAUGUAUGUGAUGUACUUGAAGAUAACAUGGGUACUAAAAAUAUUUUAGGUAUAUCAUUGGAUCUAUACGAGACUGAUGAGAUGCAAAUACAUAAGCAAGCCUUCGAAAAGAUGAGAAAUCUCCGUUUUCUAUACAUUCACUCUAACCAGGACUUGAAGAAACAAUUUAGAUUGAACUUACAUGAAGGCUUCAACUAUUUGCCACCUACACUUAGACUCUUGAGGUGGGACGGAUACCCAAUGAGAGGCAUGCCUUCUAACUUUUGUCCUGAAAAUCUUGUUGAGCUACAAAUGAAUGGGAGCAAACUCGAGAAGCUGUGGGAAGGAACUUAUUCUCUUACAAGGCUCAAGAAAAUGGAGUUACGAGGAUCUACAAAUCUAAAAGAGAUCCUAGAUCUUUCCAAGGCCACUAAUCUUGAGACAUUUUGUCUUGCACGUUGCUCGAGUUUGGUCGAGCUUCCUUCUUUUAUCCAGCAUCUCAAUAAACUGAAGAAUUUAGACAUGUCAUAUUGUGAAAAAUUGGAGAUUCUUCCAACGGGAGUGAACCUCAAAUCUCUCGAAGGCCUCAAUGUCAUGGGAUGCACACGGUUAAAGAGUUUUCCGGAUAUCUCAAGCAACAUCUCUAAUCUAGAUGUAAGCGAAACAGCGGUUGAAGAAUUUGUCCCUAACUUGCGUCUAGAGAACAUCGUCCAGCUUCGAAUGUGUGGAAUGAAAAGUGAGAAAUUGUGGGAAAGAGUUCAGCCGCUUACACCCCUCAUGGCCAUGAUAUCUCCCUCUUUGACGUGGUUGUCCCUCUGGGAUAUCCCAACUUUGGUGGAGCUUCCUUCUUCAUUUGAGAAUCUUAAUAAUCUAGAACUCUUGAGCAUUAGAAACUGCAUAAAUCUGGAGACUCUUCCAGAUGGCAUCAACCUCAAAUCUCUUGAUUUUCUCGAUCUGUCUGGAUGCUCACGGUUUAGGAUUUUUCCUGAUAUCUCAACCAACAUCUCACAGAUCCAUCUAGACGAAACAAGGAUUGAAGAGGUUCCUUGGUGGAUCGAGAAAUUCAGCAAUCUAACCAUGAUAAUCAUGCAGAGAUGCAAAAAUUUGAAGCAUGUUUCCCUCAACAUUAAUAAACUGAACCGUCUUGAGCGGGUUGAUUUUACGGAUUGUGGGGUACUGACUGUAGUUAGCUUGAACGGUAGUAGGGCGGCAAUGGCUACAGAUAAUCUUCAGGGAUAUAUACCAAACCUGCUUAAAUUCACAAACUGCUUCAAUUUGAAUCAAGAAGCUCUUGUUGAAACAAAAACAGAAUUACCCAAUCUAAUCUUGCCAGGGGAUGAGGUGCCUUCAUAUUUCACUCAUCAAACUUCUGGAACCUCCUCCUCCCUGACCAUCCCUCUAGCUCCAAGCUUUCUCUCGCAACCGUUCUUCAGAAUUAGGGUUUGUUCUGUUGUUAUUCGCGAGGCUCCAUAUAGAAGUGGUGUCGACGGAGUAGAUGUCCAUGUGAACUGUCGGUUCAGAGGCAGAUUUGGGAACAUUUUUGAAUCUUCUGGCGAGCAACAAAGCUUUUGGGCAACUGGUAAUGAAAGUCAACUGUUUAUAAUGGAUUGUUGUUUCCCUCUAAAUAACGAUGAUGCUCCUCCUCUAGCUGAAUUGAACUACGAUCACGUGGAUAUACAACUUCAUAUAAGUAAAAAUGGUCUUCAUUAUGAUGUGAACUACGAUUACGAGGAUUGUACGUUCAGAUUAGUGAGAUGGGGUGUACGCCUCUUGGAGGACUAUUCCUCAGCGGAUAACACUCUUCCACGUGUGUGUGAAGCAGAUGAAGACAAUAUGGUUAAUGAUGAAAGUCAUGCGACUGAACAAGGUGAAGAAUGUGGAGAUAGCGUGGUGGAGAUAGAAGAACGCAGGAAGCGAAUGCGGGAAAGUAUGAAGCUGAUAAGAUUCAUCAUACAUACUACUGCAAGAAGAAGCAUAAGAAAUGAGAUACUCAAGGUUUUGAAGAGAAGUCUGAAGAGGGCUCAGAACGCUGGAUCAAAGGAUUAA